AUGUCGAACGUGUACCAGCUCGAGCCGCCUACCGAGGGGAAGGUGCUGCUCACGACGAGCCAUGGCGAGAUAGAGAUCGAGCUCUGGGCGAAGGAAGCCCCGAAGGCGUGCCGGAACUUCGUCCAGCUGUGCCUGGAGGGCUACUACGAGGACUGCAUCUUCCAUCGAAUCAUCAAAGACUUUUGCAUCCAGACCGGCGACCCCACGGGCACCGGCCAGGGCGGGGACUCGAUCUACGGCGAACCCUUCAAAGAUGAGCUGCACUCCAGGAUCAAGUUCAACCACCGCGGCCAGGUCGCGAUGGCGAACGCGGGAUCGAGAGACACGAACGGCUCGCAGUUCUUCAUCACUCUCGAGCGCUGCGACUGGAUCGACAGGAAGCACACCAUCUUCGGCAAGGUGGUCGGGCACACGAUCUACAACGCGCUGCAGAUCGCGGAGCUGGAAGUCGAGGGCGACCGCCCGGUGGAGCCGCAUCCGAAGAUCAUCAAGGCGGAGGUCCUGUGGAACCCGUUCGAGGACAUCGUCCCGAGGGUCGUGAAGGGGCUCGCGGACGACGCGGAAGACGCGGGGGAGAAGAAGAAGCGGAAAAAGAAAGAGACGAAG